AUGGGGCCAGCUGGCCCUGUGGGAAAGGACGGGCCGCCCGGACCAGUUGGGCCCCGAGGGCUGAAGGGACCCGUGGGGCCGCCCGGGCCAGUUGGGCCCCGAGGGCUGAAGGGACCCGUGGGGCCGCCCGGACCAGUUGGGCCCCGAGGGCUGAACGGACCCGUGGGGCCGCCCGGACCAGUUAGGCACCGAGGGCUGAAGGGAUCCGUCGGGCCGCCCGGACCAGUUGGGCCCCGAGGGCUGAAGGGACCCGUCGGGCCGCCCGGACCAGUUGGGCACCGAGGGCUGAAGGGACCCGUCGGGCCGCCCGGUCCAACAGGGAUGUCCCAGUCUCCCAUCCCUGCCGGACCGGCUGAACAUGCAGGAAAGAACUAG